AUACGAAUACUUGGCAAGAAUACGCGGAGUAAAAUAAAUUUCGUAAUUGAAGUCCGUUAAUACUGUAGCUCUUGUUUACUGAAACAAAUUCUUCGUGUAAGAUUAUAGCGAGACUACCGGUUGGGAUCGGGCCAGCCGUAGACAUGACAAUGUUGUUUCAUAAUUUAAUUAUUACAACAUUUGUUUGUAUUGUAAAUUAUAUAUCAAUAUUGAUGGGAUGUCUUACCAGGCUCAGUGAUGUCAACGAGCUUUAUUUCAUGAUUAGUUAACUCAAUUUAG